GGUCCAACUGCUCCAUUGCUACUUGCUACUAAUUUCUUCACCCUUGAGAGCCAAACAAACCAGAACUGAAGAGCGUGAUGGGCAAGGCCAACCUCCAUGUUUUCUUCCUCCUAUUCUUGAUCUUGAGUUCUUUCUGUGAGUCCAACGACCAACUAACACAGGCAAACUCACUCUCCCCCGGCGACAUGCUCAUCUCUGAGGGGCGAGUCUUUGCUCUUGGCUUUUUCUCCCCAACCAACUCCAACCAGAGCUUGUAUCUUGGAAUCUGGUACCACAGCAUCCCCGAGCGCACCGUCGUGUGGGUCGCCAAUCGCGACAGCCCAAUCUCCAACCAUUCAUCCGUGAAGCUCACCAUCAGCAACAGUUCAGAGAUGGUGUUGUUCGACUCUGAAGGACGCGCUGUUUGGAUGACGGCGAGCACCACCAUCGCUGGAGGUGCUGAAGGAGCUCUCGCGGUUCUGCUCGACUCAGGUAACUUUGUGCUCCGCUUGCUCAAUGGCACGGUCGUAUGGCAAAGCAUCGAUCAUCUCACCGACACUAUACUUCCAAACACGAGGGUCUUGCUGAGCUACAAGGCACAGGUGGUUGGGCGCCUCGUUGCCUGGAAGGGCCCUGAUGAUCCAUCUAGUGGGGACUUCUCCUUUAGCAUCGAUCCCAGCUCGAACCUUCAAAUCUUCAUCUGGAACGGGAGUUUGCCUUACAAGCGCCUCGAUGUCGUCAACGAAGUUUCAGUAUCCGGCGGCACAUACCAGAGCAACACCACCUCUGUCAUGUCUCAGUAUCUCUACUACAGAGGGGAUGAGUUGUACUACACCUACACAGUCUCUGAUGGGUCACCCUACACACGCAUCUUGCUUGACAACAGAGGCAACCUGAGCCUCCUCAGCUGGAACAACACCUCAUUGUCGUGGACACUUGCUUCUAACACCCCUAGUUACUGUUUCCUCUACGCCUCUUGUGGCCCGUUCGGUUACUGCGAUGUUGCAGCUGUCCCGACGACAUGCCGGUGCCCUGAUGGGUUCGAGCUCGUCGACAGUCUCGACUUAUCGAGAGGAUGUCAGAGAAAGGAAGCGCUAAGAUGCGGAAAGAAGAGCAAUUUCAUGACCAUGCCUAACAUGAAGGUCCCUGACAAAUUCUUGCACAUUAGGAAUACAAGCUUCGACCAGUGUGCAGACGAGUGCUCCAGAAACUGCUCGUGUAUGGCAUAUGCCUACGCCAACUUGAGCAGUGCUGGGGGCACUAUGGGCGACACAUCGCGGUGUUUGGUUUGGACUGGGGAUCUCAUCGACAUGGAGAAGGCCAGCUUCUUUCAUGAGAACUUGUACAUCCGGCUUGCCGAAUCUCCUGUUCAAAAGAAGAACAGUUUUCUGAAGAUGUUACUCCCAAUUAUAGCAUGUGUGCUGCUAGUCACAUUCGGAACCCUUGUUUGGACAUGUAAAAGUAGAGGCAAUCGGCAAAAGAAGAAAGUCCAGAAGAGAACGAUGCUAGACUACUUGAGUUCUAUGGAUGAAGCUGGGGGCAAGAAUAUAGAGUUCCCACUUAUUAGCUUUGAAAAAAUUGUCGCAGCAACGGAUAAUUUCUCCAACUGCAAUAUGCUAGGGCAAGGAGGUUUUGGCAAAGUAUACAAGGGAAUGUUGGAAGGCACCAAGGAAGUAGCCGUCAAGAGACUUAGCAAGGGUUCUGGGCAAGGGACAGAGGAGUUCAGAAAUGAAGUAGUCUUGAUUGCAAAGUUGCAGCACAAGAACCUAGUUAAGCUUAUCGGUUGUUGUAUUCAUGAAGAUGAGAAGCUGCUAGUUUACGAGUACUUGCCCAACAAAAGCUUGGAUUACUUCCUCUUUGACGCAGCAAGAAAAUCAGUGCUUCAGUGGCCGACAAGGUUCAAGGUUAUCCAGGGGGUCGCUAGAGGAAUUAUGUAUCUCCAUCAGGACUCAAGAUUAACUAUAAUUCAUAGAGAUCUGAAAGCAAGCAACAUCUUGUUAGAUAAGGAGAUGAGCCCAAAGAUCUCAGAUUUUGGCAUGGCUAGGAUAUUCUGUGGUGACCAGCUCCAAGCAAAUACUAACCGAGUUGUAGGAACAUAUGGUUACAUGUCUCCUGAAUAUGCAAUGGAAGGAGCCUUUUCAGUCAAGUCUGACACCUACAGCUUUGGUGUUCUAAUGUUGGAGAUUGUAAGUGGUCUAAAGAUCAGCUCACCAUAUCUUAUCAAGGAUUUUCCUAACCUUAUAGUAUAUGCAUGGAACUACUGGAAAGAUGGAAAAAUAGAAGAUAUGGUGGACUCGUCAAUGGUGGAGGAUUGCUCCCUCGAUGAAGUUUCACGAUGCAUCCAUAUAGCACUCUUGUGUGUUCAAGACAGCCCGAACUACAGGCCACUCAUGUCAGCGGUUGUGUUCAUGCUGGAGAACAAAACGACCCCACUUCCAACACCGAAGCAACCUAUAUAUUUUGUUAGGGACUACGAACCUAGAAAGGCUAGUGAUAACAUGGAAUCAUCUAUAAAUGACGCCAGUCUCACUACGCUACAGGGUCGUUAGAUGUUCUGUUAGUUUUCUAGACGACUAGACCUCCAUGGAGAGCACAAACCCCACCUGAAUUAUUCAUUGCGAAACUGCAUACUAAGUACUUUUUUAAAAAAUAUGGAUGAAUUCCGGCCUUGAUCAUUCACACGUGAAUGACUACAAGCUACAAAGAGAAAUGCAGCACGCAGGUUGCUAGAGACUAUACUCAACAUUCAGACAAACUGAAAUAACUGGUCUGAUACCGAUACAAGCAAGGAAGACUAUAAUUCUAUCAUGCUUCUAAAGUUCCACCCCCUCUUGGUGUAAGGAACAUGGCCCCAUUAGGCCAUUAUUUAUGAUUUUGGUGAUUGUGUGACAACAUGAUCAUGGGACUUACAAGUUUGUCAAGUGAAUGAUCUUAAAUCCUAAGGAUCAAGUACAAAGCCCUAGCAAAAUAAGAAAUGAAGAAAGAACUCAAAGAAUUAUUGAAUUGGAUGAGUUCUGCAGAAAAUGGGGCGCCAGUUAAACAGACGGUACAGGCGUUGGUGCAUUGGUCUGAGUAUUGGAUGCAAAGGUGCAGCAGGAAAGACUUGACCGGCUAAACUGAUAGGGUGAAAAUCAAGAGCGUCAGUGCAUUGCUGGUGCAAGACUGGAUAGACACAAGAAAUGGUUAAGUAUUGGUUUAACCGACAGGUCGAAACAGAGUGUCGGUGCAUUGACCUUGGUGCUGUCCAGAGAGCAUGUCAAGGGCACACGAGCAAGUUCUUAGGGAUCGAAUGAACCGCCAGUGAAGAAUCAAGCGUCGGUGCAAGGUGUCGGUGCAAUGACGUCAGCAAAAGGUGAUGUGUCAGUGCAGAGCAGUUAUAUGUGUUUGAGUAGUGUGACCGGUUGAACUGACACCCUCUCAGGCAGAGCGUCAGUUCAACCGUCACUACCGCUGCUUCUGCUAGCCGUUGGAGCAACGGCUCUAUGUAUAAUGACGCCUUGAAUCAAUGAAGGGUUAGUACUAUUAUAGUCGGCAAGAGACAUGAUGGUGGAUGUAACAUAGGAGUAAGUUGUUAAUAAGAACAUGACGAUUGCUUAGUG